AAAAGUCACAUGUUAAAUACCUUUUUGUAUAAUUUUAUAUAUUUAUAUAUUGAUUGAUUUUAUAUUUGUGCAUUUAUUUAGUUCAAACUUUCUUUUCCCUCAGCCCUUUAGAAAAAUUAGCCGAGUGAAAAGAUUAAUGGUCCAAGAGAAGAUAACGCUGCGUUCAAAGCCAAGUUUUGAUGAAACGUUCAUUCUGUCAUCAUCACAAAUGAUGGAGAAAAAUGUGUUUGUGACAGUAGGCACCACUGAGUUUGUCGAACUUAUAAAGACUGCUACAUCCGACGACAUUUUGAAGGUACUGAGAAAUCUUGGAUUCACUAAAGUCCUGCUGCAAAUUGGCCGUGGCAGCUUUGAGCCCGAAUCGCUGUGCGAGUCCCAAAACCCUGCCGUGGAAUACUACAGAUAUAAGGAAGAAAUCAGUGAUGACAUACACUCAGCUGAUCUUGUAAUCAGCCAUGCUGGUGCCGGAAGCGUGCUAGAUGCCUUGGGAGCAGGAAAACCUUUGCUGGUGGUGGUUAACGAUCAGCUGAUGAGCAACCAUCAGGUGGAGUUGGCUCAACGUCUAUACCAGGAUGGUUAUUUACAUUACUGCACUUGCAGCACACUUAAAAAGACUCUAGAAACAGUUGACUUCUCUACCUUACUGCCAUUCCCAUCAGGGGAACCAACCAAGUUUGCACAACAUCUAGACAACAUAAUGGGUUUCGUUUAAUUCCUGUAUAACUACAUUUGUUGCACCUGACAAACUGAAUAGACUGCAUGAAGGUCAUGGUGUUGUCAGGGAAGUUGGUGUUAAGCAGUUGAUACUUCUAACCCAGGCAUCCACCAUAGACAACAUAACCUCACUACAUGUGGCAGUGGUAGCCUUUUGGUGGGGGUAUUGAUGGAAUGCAGUGUUGAUGGAAUGUGACAUGAAAAUUUAGCUCACAGUAGAUAUGCAAUUGGAGUGAGAUUCCACAUCUUUAACAUUUAUGUGCUCCAAAAAAUGGAGAGCAUGUUCUAAUUUUAGCCCUUGAUAUGUCUUAUGGAAGAAUGAAAUCUUGCUCAAAGUUGUCAUGUCAUUUUGGCGGACCAAAGACAUAUAUAUAGGAUGUCAGUAUAGCAUUUCAACAUUAAAUGUGUCCAGAAAUUGUUUUCUCUUAUUUGAAA